GUCAGAAUCGUGCUACUAGCCAUUCUAGUUGGGUACAAGAGUAGUGGAUUAAGUCUGACUCCUACGUACAACAAAAAGAAGUUCUAUAUUUUUAUGGCAACGGAUCACUAAUAUUCUGAUGUGACUGCAUCUACCAAUAACCAGUUGGCAUAAGUUCAAACUGCAGCACACAUGGCGACGAUAGACCCGGUCAAACGUGAUGUGGAAAAUGGGGAGUUUUUGACUGAGAAAGUUGUUAUCUUAAGAAAACGUCCUAGCAGGAGUUCCGGCAAAUUAACGGAGUUUCGUAAGAACUUUGGAAAUGGAAAUAGAGACUCUUAUCCACUCAUUCGGGAGCACCAGCUUUUUAGACGUUUCAGAGUCCAAGAUACACUGAAUCGACUGAAAUGUAUGAAGCGCAAUAAGCCCAUGUCCGAGAUAGAGAUGAUGUAUCACCAAGAUCUUAUAAAUUCACUUCGAAAAUUUCAUUACUCUGAGAAGCCACCUUUCCGAGUGCCAUCUGAAAGCUUCUCAGGCGUGAGAGCGGCAGAAUCAGCCUCGUCCAAAAUUGUAUCAAUAUCCCGCUGGGAGGAAUUCUUGUACGGCGUCAUGGCGGUCGAGUACUGCUCGAAACCUGACUUGCACCGUAAAUACAGACCAGCAGUGAUCCCCUACGGAUUUUUGAGACAAUACUUGCCAGAUCGCGUUCUCGAUUUAAUAAUUUACGCGCUAUUUUUCAUGGUAUACUUCUGCUCUGUCUCCUUUUACAACAAUUAUUUGCAGUUGGCGGGAUAUAUUCUGCUUGCCACUCACUUGCAAAUUCAUUUGGAGGCUUAUGAGAAAAAUAUAAACAUUCGGUUUACAGGCAGCUGCUUCCAGGGACCGGCCUUCGCUUGCGUGACGAGUUGGUGUGAUCACUGUCAGCAGAAAGAAAGAGAGAGGAUUGUUAACAAUUUAAUGAAGAAAAUGAAAACUGACAUUGUAGGGAGGAAGGCAUCAGCCUAAUCAAAAGCUGGCGAAUUGCUAUUUGUCUGAGGAAAAUUAAAUGUGAAAUAUUAACUGACAUUUCCCGAAAACCAAGGUCAAACGUUACUCGAAUACAAACAUCCAUAAAUUUCAAUGCAUCAACUGUAAAUCAUAACCAUAGAUAUAGAGGGAUCUAUGGUCGUAACUACCAAAAUCAAAUUAAUUUUCAAGUCUAGUUGUUAAUCCCAGUUGCACAUUUUUUCAGAGAAAAGGGUAGCAGUCACUUGAUGUGCUACAUACGAGAAUACUUUUAUCUCAUCAGUAUUAUACGAUAUGUAAAGUAAUUCCUGUAAGAUUAUAUUAAUAAAAAGGAACAUGAAUAUAUUAAGAUUUAAAAUAAUUCAUGAUUUUAAUAUACUCUCUAAGACUGGUUAGACGUGGUACUAUUUAGUGGCAGGUACCAAUAAAUUUUUUAUAUAGUUGUCAAAUAAUUGUGUUAACGUUUCAUAAACGAAUAUGAAGCGUGUUGCAAGUGUCGAUCGCAGAAGGAAUUUGACAAUAACUGUUUCACUCGAAGUUUUCUCGAAUAAACUCCUAUGCAACAAGAAAGGCUUACCUGAGUUCGGAGUGGAUUUUAAGUGCCAGGAAAAUUCAUAUGUCGUGGGUCUCUGGCCCCCCAGAAAAUGAAUGUUCAUAGGACAUCAGACGAACAUCCUUUACAAGCUUGCGAACUUUAAGCCCCAAACCUAAAAAGUGCUUGUAACACACCUAUAAAGUACCCGUUUUCGAGUACACUUUUAGAUUUCUGCAAGCCUUAAAUAUGCUUGAAAUAAACCUUAAUAAGUCUUGAAAGAGUUUCAA